GCGGGCGGGCGAGCGGCCCCGGCGUGCGGAAUCACUCGAGGCCCAGGCGGAGCGAGGGGAUCGCGGCUCCCCGUGAAGAAUGUCAGCCACCAGCGUCGAUCAGAGACCUAAAGGACAGGGAAAUAAAGUUUCAGUACAGAACGGUUCGAUUCAUCAAAAGGAUGCAGUAAAUGAUGAUGAUUUUGAGCCAUAUCUAAGUAGUCAGACAAAUCAGAGUAACAGCUAUCCACCAAUGUCAGACCCAUAUAUGCCUAGUUAUUAUGCUCCAUCCAUUGGAUUUCCAUACUCUUUAGGCGAAGCAGCAUGGUCAACUGCAGGUGACCCUCCAAUGCCAUACUUGACAACUUAUGGACAGAUGAGUAAUGGUGAACAUCAUUACAUACCUGAUGGUGUAUUUAGUCAACCUGGGGCAUUAGGAAACACCCCUCCAUUUCUUGGGCAGCAUGGAUUUAAUUUUUUUCCUGGGAAUGCAGACUUCUCUACAUGGGGGACGAGUGGAUCUCAGGGACAAUCAACGCAAAGCUCUGCUUACAGCAGCAGCUAUGGCUAUCCACCUAGUUCUCUUGGGAGAGCCAUAGCAGAUGGACAGGCUGGAUUUGGCAGUGAUACUCUGAGCAAGGUGCCUGGGAUUAGCAGCAUUGAGCAAGGCAUGACUGGACUGAAAAUUGGUGGAGAUAUGACAGCUGCUGUAACAAAAACUGUAGGUUCAGCUCUGAGCAGUACUGGUAUGACAAGUAUUGCAGCCAACAGCGUGCCCCCAGUUAGCAGUUCAGCACCUAAACCAACCUCGUGGGCUGCCAUUGCAAGGAAGCCUGCUAAACCUCAGCCGAAACUCAAGCCUAAAGGUAAUGUGGGCAUUGGGGGCCCUGCUGUACCACCACCACCUAUAAAACACAACAUGAAUAUUGGAACUUGGGAUGACAAGGGGUCAGUGGUAAAAGCUCCCCCAGCCCAACCAGUACUGCCUCCUCAGACCAUAAUCCAGCAGCCUCAGCCAUUAAUCCAACCACCAACACUGGUGCAAAGCCAACUGCCUCAACAGCAGCCUCAGCCACAGCAACCACAACAGCAACAAGGACCUCAGCAGCAGGCCCAGCCUCACCAGUUGCAGCAGCAGCAGUUGCAAAACCGCUGGGUAGCGCCUCGUAAUAGGGGUGUGGGCUUCAGCCAGAACAACGGAGCUGGCAGUGAAAACUUUGGUUUAGGUGUUGUAUCCGUCAGCUCCUCACCUUCUGGUGUGGAAGUGCACCCAGUGCUGGAGAAACUAAAGGCCAUAAACAACUACAAUCCCAAAGACUUCGAUUGGAACCUGAAGAAUGGACGUGUGUUUAUAAUCAAAAGUUAUUCAGAGGACGAUAUUCAUCGCUCCAUUAAGUACUCUAUCUGGUGUAGUACUGAACAUGGUAAUAAGCGCUUGGAUGCUGCUUACCGUUCCUUGAAUGGAAAAGGCCCACUCUAUUUACUCUUCAGUGUGAAUGGCAGUGGACACUUUUGUGGAGUGGCUGAGAUGAAGUCUGUUGUGGACUACAAUGCAUAUGCUGGCGUCUGGUCUCAGGAUAAGUGGAAGGGCAAGUUCGAUGUCAAAUGGAUCUUUGUCAAAGACGUUCCCAAUAACCAACUGCGGCAUAUUCGCUUGGAAAACAAUGACAACAAACCAGUUACCAAUUCGAGGGACACUCAAGAAGUACCCCUAGAAAAAGCCAAGCAAGUGCUUAAAAUAAUUGCUACUUUCAAGCAUACCACCUCAAUCUUUGAUGACUUUGCACAUUAUGAAAAGCGUCAAGAAGAGGAGGAAGCCAUGCGUAGGGAGAGGAAUAGAAACAAACAAUAACUGUAUGGAGAUAUCCUGCUAGAAUUACAACACUAAUGAUGUAGACUCUGGAAAUGCCUAAUAUGUCUAAGAAGACGUUAUUAAAGCUUUUUUCUGCUUAAGGUGACAUCUUUGAACACUUUAACACGAAAUUGACUCUUCUUGUAAUGGUUCUCAUCAGUGCAUCUGCCCUUAUACUCUCUCACCAAACACACUUGAGAACUGUACCUUCGUCAAGCACUUUCUGUCCUGAAGCUUUUACCAGUAUCUGCUGUCUUUUGUAUUUAUGCAUCCUAGCUAAGGCACAGGAGACUGAACGAAUGCAAGGAUUCAUUAACUCUUUGAAUUUGUUAAAUACUAACAUUUAACCAUUAGAAGUGGUUCGAUGAUGUGAGAUUCACAUUGCUUCAACUUAAUUUUUUUUCUUUGUAGUUUUUUUAAUUGUCAGAUUUUAGCUAUUCAACAGAUUAAAAGCAAAUCAUGCCAUAUUUAGUCCUGGAGUAAAACUCAAGUCUAAAUGUUCAUGUGAAAAUUAUUGUAGUAAUCUUUUAAAAUGGCAAAGCAACUUUAAGCUGCAGUUUAGCCAAAUGAAACGUAACAUAAAAUUAUAUUAGAAUGACAUUUCCCUUGUUUCAAACUGUUUGGUGUAAGAGAAUAUUAAUAUGCAGCUUGGUGGACGCCACCAGUUAAUGCACAUUUCUUUAUUUUUUUUCUGUAACAUGUAUACUGAAAAAAGUGCAUUUGUCUGAGGAACUGUUUGUUUGCUACCACUCGAUGAAUCUCAGUUUUGAGUAAAUGUACCUCAGUCUAAAUCAGACUUUUUAUGACCUUUAUAACUACAUUUAAAAUCUUUAAUUCCUAUUUCUGGGUGUUUGCAAGCCUGACAGAUUGCUAUCAUGAAAGUGAAAAUUUACUCCUCUAGGUGAUUCACUAGCUAAAUAAACAUAAUUCUUGUUUAGCAAGCAUAUACUGUUCUCAAAGUUUUUUGUUUCACUUACCCAACAUUGAGGUGUUUACCCCUGUCUACUGUUAAAAAUAUUGGAAAAAAAAAAAAAGAAACAACCCUUGAUCCAUGGAGAAGACAUAGCCAUUUUAUCAAGAUUUUUGUUAGAAAACAAGGAAUUUUAGAAUUCUUAUUAAACUGGUUACUGCUCUACUAGCUUUUAACUCCUCAAAUUGUAUCCUUUGUUUCAGUUCACGUAGCCACAUGCAUUCUGUCUUCUGGAAGAGAAUAUUAGAAAAAUGUUAAGCAGGUGUAUUGACUGUAUGAAAUACUGAGCAGCCUGUACCAAACUCCAUGGAUAGCUUUCUCUUUUUAGAAAGACAGUGUAGAAGUCAGAUAUGUUAUAGCUUAAAAUAGCAAUAUGGCGUAUUAUUCGAACGUUUCAUGUCUUAAUGUCCAGCACAGAUGUUUAUAUUGUUUUGAGCCCUUCAUUUACAGAUUCUGGCAAUCAAAGUUCUGAAGCUUAAGUGGUAUAACUUUGUUUUGAAUACAGACUAUUUUGCUGGAUUUUAGUUUUUCUCAGGCCCCAGCUCUCUUCUGACUUUGCAUAUAUAAAACAGUCAAUAGAUGCUAUUUCUUACUCAUUAUUGUAAAUAUUUGAGAAUGAGGAGUAGCAGAUAUGAAUCUUAAUUUUUACUGCUUGUUUUCUGCAAACUCAGAGGGAAGCAGCUUUCAUAUUUCGGAAAGAAGCAGCAAUCUCACUUAAGUGCAGAUUAGGUGAGGAAGGGAAAGGCUAAGCUCUUAUUAUGUGAGGAGACUAGAAGAGAGUUUUCAAGCCCCAAACCUUAUGAAAUUGACUUCAGCCCCAAAAUCCCUCCUUCCCUGUUUUUGUUUCUUGCUAACAAAUUUUGUAGGUAUUUGUUUCCCUCUGUUGGCUGACCUAUGGAUUACUGCCUGUUAUUCCAACUGUGACUGACCAUUUGAAGUGGCAAAGAUCAAUAUUCAAAGAAUGUAGUCCUUCUGAUAAUCCUUCAAGGGAGCAGCAUGCUUCUACUUCUUUGUUGCAAAAAUAUCAGGAAAAUGCACAGAUGUUUCCAGUAAAAGAAAGCUACUGUUAGUCAGGUAUUCAGGAUUUGAUUGCAUGUGCAACCUUACUUUGCUUCUGCUGCAGCAUUCAUAUUUUUGCAGACUUAAAGUAUUUCCUGCUUUAGCCCUCGCCUCUUUUAUUCUAUAGCAUGAGCAUUGCUCUGGUAUUGAAUCAGACUUAGAAUAAAAUGAGUUUGUUACUUUGCAGACUUUGAAAGCUUGGCAAAUGAGAAGGGAUUGUAACAGAAGGAGGUGAUCACAUUUAGAGAGCUGUGACAGUUCUUAUGCUGUUCCAGGAUUGUUAGUUGAUCUACGAAUAGAAGAGUUUAAUUGCUGAUGGUAUUAGUCAUGUUGUGACCGACUUGCAGACUGCUGAGAGUUUAGUAUGUGCAGCUGAAAUUAAAAGGAGUUUUAUGUGCAUAUAAAGUGCUGUAAAAAUAGUAUAUACUGUUGUAAUAUACAGCUGUGGAGUGCUGUACUGGUUAAUGGACACAUGACACUGCUAGCCUUCAGCUUCCUUAUGCACGAGCCAUUUUCCUCCAGAAAGAAAAGGAAUGGUGCUUAAUAUCUCAAAUAAAUGUAGAAAUACUU